AUGUCGUUGUUCACUGGAAUUCAGCAAGGCUUACUGUGCGCAAAACCAAUAAGUAGCACCAUACUGAACCAGCAACGGAUCUUGCUUAGAUUUCAACGUUUAAAUAUAUUCUCCCUUCGACAUUAUACCAGUGAAUGUCAAAGUUUUGAACAGCUGGGAAUCAGCAAACCUGUUUGCGAACGCUUGAAUCAAAACUUCGGCAUAACCAAGCCAACAAAUGUUCAGUGCCAGCUUAUACCAAGCAUUCUAUCUGGGAGUGAUGUCCUUUUGAAGGACUCGACUGGAACUGGCAAAUCAUUUGCUAUUGCAAUGGCUCUAGCUGCUGUUAGCGAACGUAACCGCCCAUCAAUGUACCUGGCACCUAACCGAGAAUUAGCAUUACAAGUCAGCGAAUGGAUGGAAAGGAUAUCCACCGACGUUCCUGUCCGUUUAGAAAUAGCUGGUGAACAAGAAAGUUUACGUGAAAUGGUCGAUGUGACUGCCUCUUCUUUAACGGUUGGUACCGCAUCCCACAUCUGGUCUCUUAUCAAGGAAGGCAGGCUUCAAACGGACAAUUGGAAAACUAUUGCUGUUGAUGAAGCAGACCAUGCAUUUCGUCUACCAGGUCGAUUUGCAAAUCGGAAAAAGAAAUGGAAUCGACUGGCGCAUCCAAAACCCGCGGAAUGUAUCUUGGACAAUAUCAUUACAUCACAAGAAUCCAAGCCCCAGAUCAUUAUAUCUUCUGCUACCAUUAAUAGACCACUUCGACAUUGGUUGCUACAAAAGAAAUGGAUAAUAGAUCCCAAAUACAUUGACGGUAACUCCAAAGUUCCCGCGACAGCUAAUGUAAAGCACCAUUGUAUAGUUGUGUCGUCCGACCAAGUACGCAACAUCCAGACAACGCUAAGCGACCACGAAAACGAGGAGACGCGAGAUCUCGACUCAGACGAUACGACUGGUACACAGCAGGAUGUUGAUGACAGUAUGAUGGAGUGCCUGGAAACUUUGUGUGACAUCGAGCCCGUCAGUCAAGGGAUCAUUUUUGUCCAAAACGAUGGUUCGUUUAAGAAAGUCCUUCACAGAUUACAGCAAAGCGGCAUCAAGGCCAUCCCUCUGUACAAUUUAAUAUCGAAAGGUGAAAAGGCACAAUUCUAUGUAGCAACAGCAAUGGCUGGACGAGGUAUAGACUUGCAAGAUAUCUCUCACAUUUUCAUCGUCGGAUUUCCAGAUUCUAUUGGCGACUACAAACAUAUGGCGGGAAGACUAGGAAGGCUCGGUCAGUCAACUCAAUCAGAUCCUAAAGUAAUGACGCUAGCGAAGGACUGCAAAUACAUCGAAAGUAAAGCUGCCAAAAUGUUUAAGCUAAUGGAAACAACUAUCACAAAAUACGAAUUAAUUCAAUGA